AUGUGGCUAGUCAUUACGUUUUGUAUUGGAUUUUUAAUUUCAAACGUGUGCUUGGCAGCAGUCAACAAAGAUUUCAAUGAAAAAUGUCAUUUUCUAGGAGAAAAAUGUCAAGAUAACAGUGAUUGUUGUUCAGAUUUCAUUUGUCGCUCGGAUCAAGCAGGCAAUAUUUGUUCAUCAUCAAGACCUCACCAACGUUCGAAACGUAAUAUAGACGACUCAAUCAUUCCGCCAUAUUACAAUCCAAAGAAUCAACUAUAUCCCUACGGAAUUAGUAAACCCAUAUUACCAUUUUAUAAGGGGCUAGGUCUGAAGACAACUGAUGAAAGCAAGAAGAUGGAAUGGGAUCAUUGUCAAUUUCAUGAAGAGUGCGGUGAGGGCAAUUGUUGUUACGUUCAUUUUCGAUUUCGUAGUUUACCCAAAUGGUUCUGCCGGCCGAAUCGAAAUGAAUUAACCGGCUUGUGUGAACCUUUAACGAAAUAUCGUUCACUUAAGGAUGUAUCAGCAUGGAAACAACUGCAAGAACAGCAAGAGCAAGAACAAGAACAAGAACAAUGA